AUGUGGUCAGUUGCGACAUCCAACUCAUUCGGAUCCGACUAUGACCCAAUCGACCAUCUUAAUGCUAUAUUCUUCCAUCCCUCCGCACUCAAUUCCGUGUCCAAAACAUCCGACGCGCUCCAGGCAUACCAGGAAGAGCUCGACAAUGAUAUCGCCUCGCUUGCUGAACAGCAAGCCGCUUCUAAUACGGAAAGCGUGCAAAGAAUACAAAAUGCUAAAGCGGACAUGACAGAACUAUUCAAGAAAAUCGAGGAUGUUCGUGAGCGGGCUUUGAAGACGGAGCAGGCCAUCACCGAGAUGACAGCGGAGAUCAAACAGCUAGACAAUGCGAAGAAGAACUUAAUUCUGUCAAUGACGGCGCUGAAGAGGUUACAGAUGCUUACGACUGCCUACGAGCAACUGAAAGCCUUGAGUAAAUCACGACAAUAUCGGGACUGUGCCCAGCUCCUGGCCGCUGUGAUCCAGCUCAUGGCCCAUUUUAAGACUUAUCGUUCCAUCGACCAGAUCGCCACCCUGAGCCGGAAUGUGGCUGAUAUACAACGAGAGUUACUAGAGCAGGUUUGUGAGGACUUCGAACUUAUUUUCGCGAAGGGCGAGAUCCCGCAAAGGAAAGGUGUACUGGCUGAGGGAUGCUUGGUUAUGGAGGCCCUGGGAGACAUGGCUAAAUCGAGAUUAAUAACCUGGUAUUGCAAUACACAACUAAGGGAAUAUCGCCAAGUGUUUCGCGGAAAUGAGGAGGCAGGAUCUUUGGAUAAUAUCUCCAGGAGAUACUCUUGGUUCAGGAGGAUGCUAAAGACGUAUGACGAAGAGCAUGCGUCGAUAUUCCCACCUUCAUGGAAAGUAUGUGAAAUUCUGGCAAAUGUCUUCUGUGAAGGGACGAGGGAAGAUUUCAAAGAAAUCCUAUCUCGAUCGGUUCAGAAUGGACAAACGCUAGACGUUAACCUUCUCCUCUCCUGUCUUCAAGAAACCCUCAAUUUUGAACAGUCUCUUGACAAGCGAUUCACCUCAGCUUCUCGUACGUCUACUGAUACGUUUACUUCAAUCGAUGCUCCCGUUUUUGGCCAGUCAAUAUCUGAAGCGUUUGAACCCUACCUCAGCGUGUGGAUCGAGGCUCAAGAUAAACAGCUAGCGUCUCUCAUACCGAAAUAUCGGCAGCAACCAAUAAGGCCACCAGAUGAGGACUUUACGUCACGACUUGUUAUCCCGUCUUCCACUGAUCUGUUCACUUUCUAUCGUCAUUCCCUCGCUCAAUGUGCCAAAUUAUCUACAGGUGCAAGCUUAUCGGAGCUGUCGAAACUAUUUGCGAAAUAUUUGGAUCAAUAUGCGCAACAGGUGCUUUUGUAUUUCGUCACCGAGCGCGCAAGUGGACAGACUCCCUCUAGAAUUCCGUCGCUGGAGGACCUUAUCCUGGUCUUAAAUACUGCUGAUUAUUGCUACUCAACCUGUAACCAGUUGGAAGAGAAAAUCAAGAGUCGAAUUGACGAGAGUUUCAAGCAGAAUAUCGACCUACAAAACCAAGCAGAUGCUUUCAUGGGGGUUGCCAGUUCAACCGUUCGCGGGCUGGUCCGGAUAGUCGAGGUUGAAUUGGAACCCUCAUGGAAGGAAAUGCGUAAUAAAAGCUGGAACAGACUAGAAACCGUCAGUGACCAGAGCUCCUUUGUCGCAAUACUGUUAAGCAGUGCCAAAUCCAAAUCUAAGGAAAUUCUGGAAAUGCUGCACAAACAGCAAUAUGCACGAGCGUUUGCGGAUAAUCUCGUAGAGCAUCUCUCAAGCAACUACAUCUCCAAUAUCUUCCAAUGCAGACCAGUCUCAGAGACGGGUGCUGAGCAGAUGCUCCUUGAUGCGUACACAAUAAAAAGCGGAAUUGCCACUAUUCUCUCACCACCACCAGCUGGGUUCACGAAGCGGCUAAACACAUCAUUCCAAAAAGUAGACUCCCUUCUCAAAACUCUCCAGGUCCGCGCCUCGCCGCCAGAAGCCUUAGUUCAGGCGUAUCUAAUCCACAUCGCCGAUCGAAGUGACGCAAACUUCCGCAAAAUUCUCGAAAUAAAAGGGAUCCGAAGUAAACAGGAACAAAACCACCUGGUGGAACUGUUUCAAAUCCACAAAACAUCUGAUCGCCACGCACCAAACUUACAACAAUGCAAUCCUCUCGUUGCGCAGUUACAGCCCGCAACCUCGUCCACCACCGCCCCUGCCACCUCCUCUGUAUCUCAGGGGCUUGGCCUGAGCCACCUUGGUGGCGCUGCCACCAGCUCUCUUGCAACAGGUACUCUUCCGGCCCGAUUCGAUGCGUCGAGCCUAGGUUCUGCACUCAUAUCCGCAGCCAGGGAUGGGGUAGAUCGACUCGGGACCCCUCUUGUUGGUAGUCAUGCCUCUGGAGGCGCGGGAAUAACUUCGGGAGCCUCCCCGCUUCCGGGAGGAGGUACUUCAGCUGCCAGUUCAGGUAACUCAGGGCAGCGCGGAGACAGUACGGAAGGCGCCGGACUAGGAUCUACUAAUCUUAAUGAAAAUCUUAAAAAUCUUGGGAAGUUCCUCCGCAGGGAUUUGGGAGGGUUGGGUGGACGGUUUGGCAGGGGUGGAGAUGAAGGUGGGGGGAAGUAG